UGAGCUUUCCCAAUUUACUAGACUGUCACCGGCUAUAUGUGCGACCCACUGUAGUUCCAACUCCUGUUCACGGAUGUGGUUCGAAACCCUAUCACCAUUGCUGGAAGUCAUGAAGGAAAUUCAACGAACGGUCAGCCCACUCGAUACUUGCUAUGCUACAACGAUAGCUUGUUCCGAAGUUAGCACGGACAUUUUAAGGUCGGAGCCUUGGAGCGACUUUUAUGAUUCAACUAUCAGCUGAUGCCUGGUGUUCCCGGAGACUCAAAUAUAACUCCAUUACACCUUCGACCGCACUUUCACCUGUCUUGGACCAUCAUGACCUUGAUCGCCCAACCCAUCCCAGAUGGAACAGAGAAAGAAAAAGUCGAGAGUUUUGAGGCGCAACAUACUCAUGAUGGCCAUUAUGGGCUCGAGGAUCCUUUACCCGAACCAGGCACUCCAGAACGAAUCGCCGCAGAACGGAAACUUGUGCGGAAGCUCGACAUGAGGGUGUUGCCAACGAUUGUCGCGAUAUAUAUCAUGAAUUAUAUCGACAGAAACGGAAUUACUACCGCCAGAUUACAGGGACUGGAGCAGGAUCUCAAGCUCACAGAUAUUCAGUAUGCAACGAUCUUGUCUAUUCUUUAUGUCACAUACUGUCCCGCACAAAUACCUUCCAAUAUGGCCCUCAAUUAUGUUACAAGGCCAUCUAUCUACAUUGGAGCAUGUGUCGUCGGUUGGGGCCUUACGAGUAUGAUGACGGGAGUCACUCACAACUUUACCGGGAUUUUGCUUUGCCGCAUAUUCAUCGGCCUACCCGAAGCAGCGUUCUAUCCUGGAGCCAUAUACUUGUUAUCGCGUUGGUACACAAAAAAGGAACUCGCAUUUCGAUCUGCUGUUCUCUAUGGUGGUCUUUUAAUAUCCAAUGCGUUCGGAUCGCUUAUGGCUGCCGGAAUACUCCACAACAUGGAAGGAAAACGUGGCAUUCGUGCAUGGAGAUGGCUUUUCUUCAUUGAAGGUGCAAUAACCAUUACAAUAGGAUUCUUGACGAUGUGGCUACUCCCAGACUAUCCCAAUAAUACUCGAUGGCUCCCAGCCUCGGACCGGCGUCUUGCUCAAGCACGCCUAGCGGAUGACGCUGGAGAGGCCGACCAAGAUAACGCGGAAGACUCCUUCAUCUAUGGUUUGAAGCUGGCCAUUACAGAUCCGAAAGUCUUACUGUUUGCAUCCAUGACGACUGCACAAUUAUUGGGCCUCAGUUUCGUCAACUUUUUCCCAACCUUAACCUCAACCUUGGGCUUCUCAACCACGAUUUCAUUGGUGUUGGCAGCGCCGCCAUGGAUCGUGGCAACGGUAGUGUGCUGCCUUAACGCGUGGCAUACUGAUCGUACUGGCGAACGUUACUUCCACAUUGCCAUCUGGUGGUGGGGCGUCAUGCUCGGUUUCAUUAUCAGCCUCAGCACCAUGAACAUAGCUGCUCGAUACGUUUCAAUGUUCCUCAUGGCGUGCGGUUACGUCGGGUUUGCGAUGAACUUGGUAUGGGUUUCGAACGUCAUACCACGACCACCAGCGAAACGGGCUGCCGCGAUUGCAAUAGUGAAUGGCUGCGGGAAUAUCGGGAACAUUAUUGGGUCUUUCGUCUGGAAGGCCGAAUGGGGCCCUGCGUACCAUCAGUCUAUGGCGGUCUCUCUCGCUGCACUGGCGUUGAGUUCGGUUAUGGCGCUCGUUAUUCGCCAGAUGAUUAUUCGGGACAAUAGGAAACUGGAUGAAGAUGAGAGAGCUGCUAUUCAGGGCGCCGAUAGAACGAGAGUAGAAGAGGCCGCUAAGUUGGAGGGUAUCACCUUCGAACAAGCGAUGGAAAGAAGGAAAGGUUACCGCUAUCUGUACUGACGAAGCCAGUGUCCGAUGUGUCAUUCCAUGUAUUUUUCUUUUUUCUUUCCAAUUACACCUAUAAAAUCCAGAGCGCGAACGAGCUC